AUGAUUUCUCAAGCAUUGCUAAGAUCAGAAACCAAAAAGCAAAGUCUCAUCUCUAGACCUUCCUCAAAAAGUAACAAUUUUCUCCCUGAAAUUAUUCAAACUCCCUCUUCAAAUUAAUUACGAAAACAAUAAAACAGCAUCUUGAUUCCUUCAAAAGGUAUGGAUUUACUCAAUCUCCAUAAAAUCCCUAAUCUUGAACCUGCUGCUGAACAAUUCACAUCUAGAAUUGAAUUACAAAGAAAAGAACUUAUUAGAGAAAUAUUUAGAGAAGAAAAAAAGUAAUCCAUACUCAAACCAUUUACAAAAUAAUAAUAUGAAUAAAAUCAUCGUCACAUCUUCAAAAAAGAAGAAAAUAUGUAAGAUUAACAAAUGCAAUUAAAAAGUAUUCUCAAAAGAAAAAGUUCAAACAGUCGAGAACAUACUGAUAUAUUUGAUUUCUUCGAGCUUGAUAAUUAAGAUUUUAAAUAAUAAUAAUAAUAAAAAUCCAAUUUGAAUAUGUUAAAACAUAAUAAGCAGGUUUCGUUAUAACCAAUCUAAAAAGAAGAUUACUCACCUAAAGUUAGUCCUGGAAAGAAAAUAGUUUCAUUCAAUAGACAAAUAUAAAUAAAGGUGAUUGAUCCUAACGAAGAAAAACCAAAAUCGAAUCAGAAAUCUUUUAGAAGAUUGUAUACGAUGGCAGAUCUUCUAGAUAAAUAAUGA